AUGAUUGUUUUUUUGGUAGCAGUUUUAGCUGCUGCAUCUUGCAUCAAUGCUCAGAUUCCUACAGAACAACCUGCUUUUGUUGAACAUGCUUGGUCCAAGUAUAGACUCAUCAACCUUUAUCGCGAUGCUGGAUUGUUUACCUUUUUCCCAUAUACUCUUGAACAGCGAAAUGUUCUAGUGUCAAAUGCCGAAAAUGCAUGGGUCAAUUUUGAAUCAAAAAUGAAACAUCAUGGCCAAGAGGCAAAUCCGUAUCCUGCUCUCGAGCAUAUCCGAAACAAUAUCGAAACCCUUACUGAUGAACAGAUCCAGCUUGGGUUACUGGAUGCAUUCACUCGAACUCGCGAUGCACAUACUUUCAUGAAAUUAGCUGGUCCGUAUAGUUGCUUUUUCGUUACCACGGGAAUCUUUUUUCAAUUUAUUGAUGGUCCAGGAGAUAUGAUCCAAGACCCAACAAUCGUCAUCGCCCGACCCGUAGAUGAUGAAAUAUUUGACCUACUACGUAAUACUGCUUAUAGUCGAAUUAGAGUUGGAGAUCAACUUCUUAGCAUUAACGGCCUCACUUUUUACCAGUGGAAAGAAAAGCACCGAAAUGUCAUUGGUGGGUCUACCGAGUCUCAUAGUCAGCGUCUAGCAUUAGAAUACUUGACCUUCAGAUAUGGGUAUCGUACCCCACUUCCUAGUGAAGACUCUAUCAAGCUUAAACUCAAAUCUCGUAACGGUAUCAUAUACGAAGUUGAUGCGCUACACAUGUCUAAGCAUCGAUAUAGCUGCUGGAAGUACUCCAGUAAACUUUACAAACAUUUGACAGGCGUGGUUCUCAGUAUACCUCUAAAAAAUACAGUUGCUGUGAGAGCCAAUAGUCAUGCCUUGUCAACUACAACAGUCGAUGAUCUUACCACAAGUUCCCAAUCUACCAAGUCAUUGGUCACUCCUCGCCAUAUUCGAAAACGGGAUCAAAUCAGUCAAUAUCAAGACACAGGACGAUUGUCAAAACGUGAUUUACGGAUUUCAUUUUAUCAAACGAGUAUACUCGAACUAUCUUGGACAAUUUGGAGACCCAACGAUCAAAACAUGGGAAUAAUCAGACUGGCAUCGUUCAGGUGCACGUCCCGCACAACAAACACGCAAAAUACUCUUGAAGCCAUUCUUGAAGUGGAAAGACUAUUGAAGACAGUGCUCAAAGACACCAAUUCUAUUUUGAUCGAUGUUCGUGAAGGUGCUGGUGGAUGUCCAAUUUUUGCAAAUGUCAUUCUACAGUUUUUCAAGAGUGAUAUUGAGCCACUAAAAGUGAAAUAUCUCAUAAACAAGGUCACAUCCAAUAUGUUUUCAAAUUCACACGAGGGAUUGGAAACGUCUUGUGAUGCUUGGUCCAAAACACCAGCUGGGAGCAAGUAUUCAGUAUUGCAUUAUAUUGUAGAUCCAAAGGAAUUAGGAACUUACAAUCCGAUUUAUGAUAAACCAAUGGGUGUAUUUACCAAUGGUAAUUGCGUUUCUGCAUGUGAAGUCAUGACAGAAUCCGUGCAGUCAUUUGGAAUCGGAACAGUGUUUGGUGAGGAUGUCACAACGGCAGGUGCUGGUGCAAACGUUUGGGAUCUAGAUCCAGAACUUAUCUUUUAUGAUCCGACAGACUUUAAACCAAUGCCAUUCAAAAAAGAGUUGACAUCUGAUACCAAGGAAAUAUUUUACAACAAAAUGGCUGUAGGUCAUCGGGCAUUUGUCCGUAAUGUCAAUCAUAAAGAACAUCCGAUUGAAGAUAUUGGCAUCGUAUCUGACGUUGUAAUUCGACCACGGUUGGAAGAUAUUCUUUCUGGCGGAACGAUUAAUUCGCAGUACGAUUUUAUUGGUAAUUAUUUGAUUAAAGCUGACAAAAGACCAGCCAAAACAUUUUGA